UCAUGAUGAUCUGCGCCCGCACCCCAUUUCUUUCUCUACGCUCUUCACACUGUUCAAGAAAAUCAUUUCUCGACACGCAACCAAAAACUUGUCGUCGUUUGCCAUGGGCGGCCACGGAGCGAUAGAGGUGGCAAAGACCGUUGUGGAGGUCGCCGACGUCGCUUGGACCGCCAUGGAAUGCUGCCAACACCACCGCCACAAUCAUGACCACGAUGCCUCUGCCGACGCCGCUGACCACGCUUCUUCCGGCGACGAUUUGGAGUCUCUCCGAUCGGAGAAUCAGCGUCUCAGGAGCUUGCUUCAGCAGAAUCUCAAGCUCCUUCAGAGCCUCUCCGAUUCGCCUUCUUUGUUGAACGAUUGCCCUCCUGAUUUGUAUGCCCGUCUGGUCGCGACGGUUGACUCUGAGAACUUCUUGGCUCGUAUCAAAUCCCUCCAGCAAGCAUCUGCCAAGGGAACUGGGAAUCAGUUUCCUUUCAAGGUUGCCACAGGAACUGAUCUAGAGACAGCUGAAGUUCUUAUCAAUGUUGACCAAGAGGAACCGAGUUGGUGGGUAUGGGUGACAGAAGAAAUGGUUCCGAAUAAUGUUGAGGAACGGAGUGGAAUUGAUAAUGACAGUUAUGUAGUUGUCACUGAGGAGCAUGUUGUGGAUGGUGUUGCAAACUUUAUGGCAAAGUGCAUUAUCUCAAACCCGAAAGCUCAGAAUUUGACACCAGAGGAGCUGCAAAAGACAAUGGUUAAAGCAUUAGGUGGUGUGAACAAACUGGAGCAGAUAUUAGGAAUUUGGCAUGCUGGAAAAUUGUUUUAUGCCCUGGCCACAUGGGGACUUGCUCUGACAGGAUUGUACCAGAGUCGUGCAGUGCUGAAAGUUGCUGCAAAGGGUGUUCACGCAACAAGCAAAGUGGUUAUGAGGGCUCUUUGAAGAUUGCCGUUCCUCCACGGCAAACUACAGAGAUUGCAAUGUAACUACAUUUAUGCAACCUGGAUUUCCACAAACCAACCAAAUGUAUUCUUGUGCUCAAGUUCAGAAUGCUGUAAAUAUUUGUAAAUAACGCGUGGAUUUGUAUUACAACUGCUGCCACCUCUCAAAUGUAAUUUGUAUUGUCUUGUCCUUGUGGUAAUUUAAAACAUGUGUUUGCUUGAAAAA